AUGAUUGGCUCUUUUGCCGAUAAGGAAUAUGAAGAACAUGGCCACGAUCAUCAUCAUCAUCAUGGUGAUCAUGAUCAGCAUGAUCACGAAUCACACAAAAAAUUAUUUACUGGAGAUGAAAUUGAUGGAACUGAAGGAGAACAACGUGAAAAACUUCGUAUAAUUGCAAAUAAAAUCGAUGAAAAUCAAGACGGACAAAUAUCAUUUGAUGAAAUGCGUAGUUAUACUGUAGAACGUAUCAAAGAACAAAAUAAUCGUGAAGCAGAAGACUUGAUCGGUACACUUGAUCCAAAAGGAACAAAUAAAAUAACAUUUAAUGCAUACGUUCGUGAUAGUUUUGGUGAUGUUGAUAUCAGUCAAUUAGAAAAAGCUGAUAAAUCAGAUUUAAAUACACGUGAAACUCGACGAUUAUAUAAAGUAGAUAAACAAAAAUGGGAAUACCUUGACAAAGAUGGUGAUCAAUCAUUAUCUUAUGAUGAAUUUCGACAAUUUCUUCGACCAGAAGAUGAUAAAGAAUUAAGUAAACUUGAAAUUGAUAGUAUGAUUAACGAAUAUGAUGAAAAUAAGGAUGGAAAACUUUCUACCGCUGAAUAUUUAAAAAUGACAGAAGCUGAAACUGGCCAAGCAGAACCUUUAAGUCGAGAACUUGAUACAAAUAAUGAUGGUUUUGGUGAUUUUCAGGAAUUUACUAAUUAUUAUUUACCAUCAUCAUCAUCAUCAAUUGAUCAAGAAACUGAGCAUUUAUUAAAGGAAUGUGAUACUAAUAAAAAUGGUUAUUGUACACUAGAUGAAAUUGUUCAAGCUUAUUCAUCAUUUGCAGGUUCACAAAUAACAGAUUUUGGUGCCGAUCUUGAAAAACCAAAAGAAGAUCUUUAA